GCUCUGGGAUUGUGAGGUUCCCACCUUUUUGUCAGUAGUAGCUGGGGCACAUUCUAGGCACAGUUUUGCCUUCCUAAAACUGCAUAACUCAGGAUUCUGCAAAUUUCCAGAAGUUGGAUGAAAAAUGACCACGUUCAAGGAGGCGCUGACAUUCAAAGACGUGGCUGUCGUCUUCACCAAGGAAGAGCUGAGAUUACUUGACUCUGCCGAGAGGAAGCUGUACCGAGAUGUGAUGCGAGAGAACUUCCGGAACCUUCUCUUAGUGGGGCAUCAAUCAUUCAGCCAAGAUACAUUCUACUCCCUCAGGGAAGAACAACUUUGGAUGACAAAGAGAGGAACCCUUAGAGAAGGGAAUUCAGGAGGCAAGAUCCAAACUGAGUUGGGGACUAAUCCAGAAGCAGAAGCACAUGAAGACUUGUCCUGCCAGCAAAUCUGGGAACAAAAUGCAAGUGACUUAACGAGGUCUCAAGACACCAUAAUUAAUAGCUCUCAGUUCUCCAAACAAGGUGAUGUCCCCUACCACAUUGAGGCAGGGCUAUCUGUUAUUCAUAUAGGACAGACAGCUUACCAGGGUAAUGAGGAUAAACAAUCCUUCAAUGAUGUCUCCAUCUUUAAUCUUCAUCAGCAAUUAUACUCAAGAGAGAAGUCUCACACAUGUGAUGAGUGUGGAAAGAGUUUCCGUUAUAGAUCAGUUCUUCUUAUUCAUCAGAGAGUUCACAUGGGAGAGAAACUCUAUAAGUGUUAUAUGUGUGGUAAGGAAUUUAGUCAGAGCUCACAUCUGCAAACUCAUCAGAAAGUCCACACUACAGAAAAGCCAUUCAAAUGUGAGCAGUGUGGGAAAGGCUUCAGUCGUAGAUCAGGACUUAAUGUUCAUUGCAAAUUACACACAGGGGAGAAACCUUACAAUUGUGCAGAAUGUGGAAGGGCCUUCAUUCAUGCUUCACUGCUUCAGGAACAUCAGAGAAUCCAUACCGGAGAGAAACCAUUCAAAUGUGAGAUAUGUGGUAAGAACUUCCGUGUUAGGUCACGACUAAAUAGCCAUACCAUGGUUCACACAGGAGAAAAACCAUUCCAAUGUGAUACAUGUGGUAAGAGCUUUCAUCAGAGAUCAGCACUUAAUAGUCAUUGCAUGGUCCACACAGGAGAGAAACCAUUCCAAUGUAAUACAUGUGGUAAGAGCUUUCAUCAGAGAUCAGCACUUAAUAGUCAUUGUGUGGUCCACACAGGAGAGAAACCAUACAAAUGUGAGGAGUGUGGAAAAGGCUUCAUUCGUAGGCAGGAUCUUUUUAAGCAUCAUGUGGUCCACACAGGAGAGAAACCAUACAAAUGUGAAGAGUGUGGAAAAGGCUUCUUUCGUAGGCAAGAUCUAUUUAAGCAUCAUGUGGUCCACACAGGAGAGAAACCAUAUAGUUGUGAAAAAUGUGGGAAGAGCUUCAGAUGGUCCUCAAGUCUAUCAAGACAUCAGCGAGUCCACAGUGGAGAAAAACCAUUUAAAUGUGAAGAAUGUGGAGAGGGAUUUUAUACAAAUUCACAACGCUAUGCCCAUCAGAGGGCCCACAGUGGAGAAAAGCCAUACAAAUGUGAAGAGUGUGGGAAGGGCUACAAAUGGAGGUUGGAUCUUUACUCUCACCAGAAGGUCCACACAGGUGAGAAACUUUAUAAUUGUAAGGAAUGUGGGAAGAUGCAGAUCCCAGCAAAGGUUGUGGAGACCCAGGCCCCUACACAGUUACAGAUCACUGCACAUUUCACAGUAAAAUUUUUAUGA